AGUAAUUAACGCCAGAUCCCGGGUAACCAAGAGCGGCGAGUGCUAUGGAGAACUUCACAGCCCUGUUCGGAGCUCAAACUGACCCCCCACCGCCACCAAGCGCACUAGGGUUCGGGCCUGGAAAGCCUCCGCCGCCACCCCCUCCUCCUCCGGGAGGUGGUCCAGGCACGGCUCCACCUUCGACCGCGACCUCGGCCCCCGUGGGAGCCGAUAAGUCGACGGCUGGAAGCGGUCCCUUCUACCUUAUGCGGGAAUUGCCAGGCAGCACAGAGCUGACGGGCAGCACCAAUUUAAUUACACACUACAACCUGGAACAGGCCUAUAAUAAGUUCUGUGGGAAGAAAGUGAAGGAGAAGCUAAGUAACUUCCUGCCUGACCUCCCCGGGAUGAUUGAUCUUCCUGGCUCCCAUGACAACAGCAGCCUCCGCUCCCUCAUUGAGAAACCUCCUAUUCUUGGUGGCUCUUUUAAUCCGAUCACAGGGACCAUGCUGUCUGGUUUCCGCCUCCAUACUGGCCCGUUGCCAGAGCAGUGUCGUCUGAUGCAUAUUCAGCCUCCCAAGAAGAAGAAUAAGCAUAAGCACAAACAGAGCCGUACCCAGGAUCCUGUUCCCCCAGAAACACCAUCUGAUUCAGAUCACAAGAAGAAGAAAAAGAAAAAAGAGGAGGAUCCCGAACGAAAAAGGAAGAAAAAAGAAAAGAAGAAGAAGAAGAACCGACAUAGUCCAGACCACCCGGGUAUGGGCAGCUCUCAAGCCAGCAGCAGCAGCAGCCUCCGCUAAUAGGACUACUGGACUUUGCCAAGGAUGACUUUCCUGUGAUACUGAACCUGCUGAUAAAAACUGUCUUCUGGGCACUUGGACCCUGUUGUGGGGGCAUCCAGCGGCUGGACAGGGGCCAGCCCCUGCUGUGCAUGUGACUAAUACUUUAGAGAAGGGCCAUGCUUUUUAUGGUUUAGUCCAAUUGGUGUUUCCAUGGACAUCCUUUUUUACAAGAAGCUGUUUUCCUUUUUUUUUCCCCUCUCCUUUAUGCAAUUUGAUUUCAGGACUUCGGUUUUUUGUUUUGCUUUUAAAGUGCGUUUAACAGACUAGCAUAGCUGCCUUUUAAGAGACAAGUGCCAUUCUAUUUGAAUCAAAGUUUAGGACAAGGGACUAAGAUAAGAUGCAAGAGAUUCUGGAUCUUGCCAUCACAUGAUUUCUCCUUUAGCAGGCUAGAAAGUCAAAAUGAGACUAGAGAACAUGGUGUGAAAGCAAGUUUGCUAGUAUUUUCCUACCAUAGACACAAAAUUACUUUGCCAAUUAUGCUCAGAGCAAAGUGCCUGGAUGAUCUUCAUCUUCCAUCAGGAAAGCUGGCCCAAAUAAGGCUUACACCUGUGUUUAUAUACCACCGUGAACUGGUGAUCCACAGCCACCAGUAUAUUUCAGCAGGCAAGACCAACUAGUAUUUGUCUCAUUGUGCUCCCAGCGUUCUCUGGUGCCUGUCCCCUAAGACUUAUGUAUACUAGGCAAGUUUAUCUUUUCCUUUCCCUCCCUUUUUUUCCCUACAUGCUUUUUAAAUGAACCUCUGGCAAGAAGUUUAAUAUUGGAUUUGGUUGUUUUGAAAAAGUUUUUAGUUUUUUUUUUUUGAGACAUCACACUAUGCCACCCUGGAUUGCUAUGAAGGCUAGGCUGGCCAGAGACCCAUCUGCAGUUCCCACCCAGUUCUGGGAUCAAAGGCAUGCACCACCAUGCUUCACUGCUUUUACUAUCUAAAGAGGAAAUUAAGGAGGAGUAACACAAGAAAUUUCAACAAACCAGAUGCUUUUGUUAUGAAAAGCCAGGUUUUUCUCACCCAGCCAGGCAUUUAAUUUGAUAGCCAGAAUAAAAACAGGACCAGAGAAUGAGGUUUUCCUUUUGACUCCGUAAGACCAUUCUGCCUUAACCAGACAAAACACAAGUCAGGGGGAACUGGUUAGAUCAGGAUUUAUUUUAUUCUUUGUUGGUUUAAAAUGGCUAAUCAGAAUAAAAAAAUUAAAGGGUCUCUGUAUA